AUGGCCCUCUCCAGCUCAAGAUUCGUCGACCUCUGGCGGGACGACAAUGUCCGUUCAGCCCUCCUAUCACAUCUUGAUGUCUACACAAUUUGCGCUUUGCGACUCACAAAUACAAAAUGUUGCGACUUCACAACCCGAGACCUUUUCAGAAGAACCCGCUUGACCUUUACACCAAGCUCGCUUACUCGACCUUCCCGCGUCGAGUCUCUCUCCAGAAUUGGUCCUUACAUCGAACACCUGACAUUCUCCAUGCCACACUCUCCAGAUGCCUUCCUUCCCCCACUCAUCAAUCCGGUCAAUGGUCAUGAAGUCAACUUUUUAUAUACCCCCAACACCACACCAACUUCCGUGAUUGCACGUCCAAAAUAUGGAUCUCCGGAACUUGCGGAUUUGUUAACACAACAAUACCCUCCUCUUUUUCAUGCUGCGACCAACGUCCCGGCCUUCAUCAGUGCGAUGAAAAAGAUGCCCAAUAUGAGGCAUCUCACCAUUUCCUGUCCAGGACAAGAUCCUGCUCAGAGAUAUAGACGUGAUUGUGUGGAUUACGCACUUAUCAGUCUUCGAAUCGCUAUUGAGCGAUCACCCUUUAUCUGCUUGGAGAAGUUGAGCCUGAGCCACAUCCAUGCUGCUGGUCUGCAGUACCUUCGUCACACGCCAGGGUAUGGAGCUACCCCUUCUGCUGGACGAAGAUGGAAGCAGAUCAAAAAACUUAACAUCGUUAUGGACUCUUGGGAUUUCCAAGGCCUGCGACCGGGGCUGGAUUAUCUCAAAAUUCUUGAUGAUUACAUCCGAAACUUUUCAGAGGGACUUGAAAAGAUCAGCUUCGGAUGGAAUGGAAGGAAGGGUCCUUGCCCCCUAACUUUGUUCACUGAUCCUUUAUUCGCUCCUCCGAGAAAAACAGCAAAGCUGUUUGCGGAGGUCACUUCUCCCAUGUCUCCUUUGCCCGAAGCACCAAGACGGGAAGCAAUGCACUUCCCAAAGCUCCGGUACAUGCAAGUCCGCAAUGCAACAAUGUCCUCUGAUCAGGUCGCCGAUUUCAUUAUGCAACACCAUCGCACAGUCAAAGAAUUUGACUUUGAGAACGUAUUCCUGACCAAUGGGGGUGCCUGGGAAGACGCUCUUGCUCCAUUGACAAGAAUCAGCGGAAGCUCAGAAUGGAUGUCUCAACACGGCACCUCAGAUGGCGACAGCUUUACUCAAAGCCAGGAUCAACUACAUUACCUUGAUGACCUCAAUGAGGUGAUCGAUAGUCUCUCCCGGAAACUUUCAUACGAUUGGCCUUCACCACCAUCGCCCGUCGAAGCGGGCGCAAAGGUUCAUGCUACCAAAAUCAAAAAGAGAGUAAGGAGACGUAGACGCAAGCAUACCCAUAAACCCAAAGUUCAAGAGCCAAAGCCUGAACCUGUUCAUGUACCAAAAGCUGUAUUAAAGAAAUCAAAAUCACCUACCCGGCCAGCUCCUACCCGACCUAUCAUCUCAAACCCUAUCCCCAUCACCACGCCUCCCCCCCUCCCGGGUCCUCCAGGUCCUUUUAUUGACCUCCUCCAACCCACAACUUUCAACCCGAACGUACAGGGCGUACAAAGAGAUAUCAGACAUGAUGCAGCAAUACAGGAAUUAGCUGAUGACCCCGACAAGCGGGUUUCGGCGCUCAGAAAGGCGAAGGAGGUGGUUUUGAGGCAGAUGGGGAAGGAGUUUGAGAGUGCAAAUAUGAAUGAGGAGAAGAAAAGGGGUGUUCGGGGUUUGUUUAAGCAGAGUUCUGGAUGGAAGAGUAGUGCUAUGUUGGGGCAUGGACAUGAGAGUCGGACUGCUUUGGUGCCGUUGAUGUUUAGUAGGUAUUGA